CUGUACUCGGUACUGGUAUCGUUCCUUCAUUAGGUAUUUGUGUUUUCUGGAAUAUGGCGUUAAGGUCGGAUUUCGAGCAUGGGAGAGCAGACUCUUAUCGUUUUGCCACGGUUAUACCAACCGAUGACGAUAAUCGUACAGCCGAUGGACACUUGAAGUCAAAACGCAGGAUGCCACCUAAACCGCAAAAGAAGGAGAAUCUUGACGAUCUCAAACAGGAGUUAGAUAUCGAUUUUCAUAAAAUCACUCCUGAGGAGCUCUAUCAGCGAUUUCAGACGCAUCCAGAGAAUGGUCUAAGUCACGCUAAGGCCAAGGAGAAUCUAGAACGAGAUGGUCCGAAUGCGCUCACACCACCCAAACAAACACCUGAAUGGGUAAAAUUCUGUAAGAAUCUAUUCGGCGGUUUCGCCAUGUUGCUGUGGAUCGGUGCUAUACUCUGCUUCGUGGCCUAUUCCAUUCAGGCCAGUACUAGCGAGGAGCCCUCGGACGAUAACUUGUACUUGGGUAUUGUGCUUUCGGCUGUAGUUAUAGUUACUGGUAUCUUCUCAUACUAUCAGGAAUCGAAAAGUUCAAAGAUUAUGGAAUCGUUCAAAAACAUGGUGCCCCAAUUUGCCACUGUCAUUCGUGAAGGUGAAAAGCUUACCUUACGCGCCGAAGACUUAGUGUUGGGUGAUGUGGUUGAAGUGAAGUUCGGUGAUCGUAUUCCCGCUGAUAUACGUAUCAUUGAGGCGCGCAACUUUAAAGUGGACAACUCAUCAUUGACUGGCGAAUCGGAGCCACAAUCACGUGGUCCUGAGUUCACACACGAAAAUCCAUUGGAAACUAAAAACUUGGCUUUCUUUUCUACCAACGCUGUCGAGGGUACCGCCAAAGGUGUCGUCAUCAGCUGUGGUGAUCAUACUGUGAUGGGUCGUAUUGCUGGCUUGGCUUCUGGUUUGGAUACUGGCGAGACUCCCAUCGCUAAGGAAAUUCACCACUUCAUUCACUUGAUCACCGGUGUCGCUGUGUUCCUGGGUGUGACUUUCUUCGUCAUCGCCUUCAUCUUGGGCUACCAUUGGUUGGAUGCUGUCAUUUUCUUGAUUGGUAUUAUUGUAGCGAACGUGCCUGAAGGUCUGCUAGCCACUGUGACAGUGUGUCUGACACUGACUGCCAAACGUAUGGCAUCGAAGAAUUGCUUGGUAAAGAAUUUGGAAGCUGUCGAAACUCUGGGAUCAACCUCAACCAUUUGCUCCGAUAAGACCGGCACCCUCACCCAAAAUCGUAUGACCGUCGCCCAUAUGUGGUUCGAUAACCAAAUUAUUGAGGCCGAUACAACUGAAGAUCAGUCGGGUGUGCAAUACGAUAGAACCAGCCCUGGCUUCAAGGCGCUCUCUCGCAUUGCUACCCUCUGUAAUCGUGCUGAAUUUAAGGGCGGUCAAGAAGGUGUACCAAUUUUGAAGAAAGAAGUUAGCGGUGAUGCCUCCGAGGCUGCGCUGCUUAAGUGCAUGGAAUUGGCGCUCGGUGAUGUGAUGAAUAUCCGUAAACGUAACCGCAAAAUUGCUGAAAUUCCAUUCAAUUCCACCAAUAAAUACCAAGUCUCCAUCCAUGAAACCGAAGAUCCCAGCGAUCCUCGCUAUUUGCUUGUCAUGAAGGGUGCUCCUGAACGUAUCCUUGAACGCUGCGCGACUAUUUUCAUUAACGGAAAGGAAAAAGUAUUGGAUGAAGAGAUGAAAGAGGCUUUCAAUAAUGCGUAUAUGGAACUUGGUGGUUUGGGUGAGCGUGUGCUCGGUUUCUGCGACUUUAUGCUGCCCUCCGAUAAAUAUCCCACUGGCUUUAAAUUCAACACCGACGACGUGAAUUUCCCCAUUGACAACUUGCGUUUCGUUGGUCUUAUGUCCAUGAUUGAUCCUCCGCGUGCUGCUGUACCCGAUGCCGUCGCUAAAUGCCGUUCAGCUGGUAUUAAGGUUAUUAUGGUGACUGGUGAUCACCCGAUCACUGCCAAAGCUAUAGCCAAAUCGGUGGGUAUCAUUUCGGAGGGCAAUGAAACUGUUGAGGAUAUCGCACAGCGUUUGAAUAUCCCUGUCUCGGAAGUUAACCCACGUGAAGCCAAGGCAGCUGUUGUGCAUGGUGCUGAAUUACGUGAUGUUACACCCGAACAGUUGGAUGAAAUUCUGCGCUAUCACACUGAGAUCGUGUUCGCACGUACCUCGCCUCAGCAAAAGCUGAUUAUUGUAGAGGGUUGCCAACGUAUGGGUGCUAUUGUGGCUGUGACCGGUGACGGUGUAAAUGAUUCUCCGGCGUUGAAGAAGGCUGAUAUUGGUGUUGCUAUGGGUAUAGCCGGCUCUGAUGUGUCCAAGCAGGCUGCUGACAUGAUUUUGCUCGAUGAUAACUUCGCUUCGAUUGUGACUGGUGUUGAAGAGGGUCGACUGAUUUUCGAUAACUUAAAGAAAUCCAUUGCUUACACACUCACCUCUAAUAUUCCCGAAAUUUCACCAUUCUUGGCUUUCAUCCUUUGCGACAUACCACUGCCACUGGGAACCGUUACCAUUUUGUGCAUCGAUUUGGGAACUGACAUGGUGCCUGCGAUUUCCUUGGCUUACGAGAUUGCUGAAGCCGAUAUUAUGAAGCGUCCACCACGUGAUCCAUUCAACGACAAAUUAGUCAAUUCAAGAUUGAUUUCGAUGGCAUAUGGUCAAAUUGGUAUGAUCCAAGCUGCUGCCGGUUUCUUCGUGUAUUUUGUUAUUAUGGCUGAAAAUGGUUUCUUGCCAAUGAAACUGUUCGGCAUCCGUAAGAUGUGGGACUCAAAGGCUGUCAACGAUUUAACCGACUCAUAUGGACAAGAAUGGACUUAUCGCGAUCGUAAGACACUCGAGUACACUUGCCACACUGCUUUCUUCGUAUCAAUUGUGGUCGUACAAUGGGCGGAUUUGAUCAUCUGUAAGACACGACGAAACUCUGUCUUCCAGCAGGGCAUGAGAAAUUGGGCAUUGAACUUUGGUUUGGUGUUUGAGACAGUGUUGGCGGCCUUCCUGUCGUACUGUCCCGGCAUGGACAAGGGUCUGCGCAUGUACCCACUGAAAUUCGUUUGGUGGUUACCAGCCAUUCCAUUUAUGUUGUCUAUUUUCAUCUAUGAUGAAAUUCGUCGAUUCUACUUGCGUCGCAAUCCAGGCGGCUGGUUGGAACAGGAGACGUACUAUUAAGCUGUAUGUUUAUAUACAUAACAACAACAGAAACAACAACAACAAGAAAAUCAACAGCAACACAUUAGCAAGCGCAUUUGCAAAUAUGCCGAGUUUUACGACGACUACAAUAGCAGAAAACAACAACAAAAUCAGAAACAGAAACAACAUGUUUGAAUUUUAUGCAAGAAAUACAAACUAAAACGAGCGCGUCGUGGUCGCACCAGCAGCGAAAAUAGAACAGACAACAGUAAUAACAACGACACCAGCGGCAGUUGUGGCAGCAAGCAACAGACUUUUACGGCAACGCUGCAAGACAGCAAUAAAAAUAAUAUGGCACAUGCAUGCUGCUGCGAAUAUCUAAAGCGACCAC